UACGCCGCAACCACCUCCACUGCCGCCUUCCCGCUCACCAACACUCCGGCCAAGAACGAUGAAGAAUGCCGUCAUGGUGCCUCUUUGAAAGUUGGGGAUUAGGUCUCUAAAUGCAUAUCUCACCAUUUACUCUCUGCCAUAGCAUAUCUCUAAAUGCAUAUCUCAGUCAAUGCUGAUUAAUUCCUUACGAACUUCCUUCCACUGCUUUCUCGAUCUACAGCGGACCUUCUCCUUUACUCGACCUUUUCAGAAGAAGAUUUUCAAUCUCUCGCUCUCAGUAGCUACUGCAUCAGCAAAAAUGGAGUCCCAACCACCUUGUUUAUUAGUGCUAAAUGGAAAAUCAGCAAGCGAGCAGGAAUUAGCAAAGUCUUUGAAGGAAAAUUCAUGCCUUAGACUUGCAGAUGAUGUAAAGCUUUUGACUUUUUUGCAACCUGAGAUGGAAAGGCAAUUGGAAGAAGAUGAAUUUAACAUCGACACUUACAUGGGUUCUCUUAUGACUACAUGUUUUGGAAGAAUUCUUCUUUGGUCUCCAAGAUUACCUUCAACUCAGGAUGUAGUCUCUCUCAACUAUUGUGAGAUUCCAGUAGGUUCAGUGUGCAUUGCAGAUGUUCAGUUCAAAGGACGAGGAAGAUCGCAAAAUGUGUGGGAAUCUCCAAAGGGUGGCCUUCUCUUUUCAUUUACAAUACAAAUGGAAGAUGGUCGUGUGGUGCCUCUUGUGCAGUAUAUUGUGUGUCUUGCAAUGACAGAAGCAAUUAAAGAUCUUGCCCUACUAAAUGGCAUCCCACCUCUGGAUGUCAGAAUAAAGUGGCCAAAUGAUCUUUAUUUAGAUGGCCUUAAAGUGGGAGGAAUUUUGUGUACGUCAACAUAUAGAUCUAAGAAGUUUAAUGUUAGUGCUGGGGUAGGCUUGAAUGUUGACAAUGAUAAGCCAACAACAUCCUUGAAUGCGGCAUUACGGAAGUUGACUUCUGGGUAUCGAUUACGGAGAGAAGACAUUGCAUCGGCCUUCUUUAAUAAAUUUGAAUACCUCUUCCAUAUUUUAAUAAACCAAGGCUUUCAACCCCUUGAGGAACUAUAUUACAAGGCAUGGCUCCAUAGUGGGCAGAGGAUUGUAGUCCAGGAGAAAAACGAAGAUCAAGAUUUGCUGAUAGAAAAUGUAGUUACUGUUCAGGGGUUAACACCUUCUGGAUAUUUACUGGCCAUUGCUGAUAGCGGUGAGAUGUGUGAACUUCAUCCAGAUGGCAACAGUUUUGACUUUUUUAAAGGACUGGUGAGGAGAAAACUUCCCUGAGAGGCUUGGUCUCGAGUGGAGGUAGCAGCAACUGAUUUCCGUCUGUUAUUUAUGUUUAUUUUCAAUAGUUUUUAAACCCGUUGUUACAAUUUUGUUUUGUGUUAAGAUGGAAGCAUGUUUGUCGAUUA